GUCGUUGCAAGUGCGAUUUUCAUAUUUUGAGAGGUUUUUGUUUGUUCAAGGCUGCCGUAGAAAAGAAUGUGAAUCCAGCUGAAGGUGUGAAGGAAACAAGGAUAUUGUAGAAUGGGGAAGUUGAGAGCUUUCUACAUUGAGCUUGAAAAUCCCCAAGGGGUUUUCUUUGCUGGACAGAUUAUAAAUGGCAGACUUGUUGUAGAACUGGAUGCAGAGAUGAAAAUGAGAGAAAUAAGUUUGAAAUUCAAAGGACAAGCUAAUGUACACUGGACAGAAAGCCAAACAGUCUCCACAGGAAAAACUACAAGCACUGUAACCAGACAUUAUAGUGCAUCUGAGAAGUACUUUGAGCACACCCAGCCUUUGUUUGGAAAAGGUAUGGGAAUGGGUGAUGAUAACCGCUUGCCCCCAGGACAGCAUGUUUAUCCUUUCUCCUUCCAGCUGCCCCCAAAUCUCCCAUCAUCCUUUGAAGGAGGAGUUGGUUAUGUCAGAUACACCAUUAAAGGAACCAUUGACAAGCCGUGGAAAUUUGACCAUACUACCAAGAGACCUUUCACUGUCAAUGCAUUGUUAGAUUUGAACACACAGCCAAAUUCAGCAUGUGGGACUCAAAACCAACAAAGUAAAUUCCUAUGUUGUCUGUGCUGUAAGUCGGGACCAAUAACAGGAAUGUUAAAACUGGACAGAGUGGGAUAUGUUCCUGGAGAAGCAAUAACCUUCAACGCGGAAAUACAAAACAUGACCAGCAGAGUCUGUGGAACUCAUGUCAAGCUAUACAUGACCACUGUGUUUCAUGCUACAACAAAAUCCAAAACUACAACUUCUGAGGUAGCAAGAGUAGUCCACCAAGACAUUCAGCCCGGGGAAACAGAAACCUGGUCAGGAGACAGGCUGGUUAUACCCCCCUUACCUCCGUCAUUCCUGGUGGGAUGUCAGAUUAUCGACAUCAAUUACUACUUUGAGUUGAUUGUUGACCCCUCUGGGCCUGCCAUAGACCUGCAUGUGCCUUUAUUGAUCAUCAUUGGUACAAUACCCCUUCGGACAGUUGUUCAACAGUAUCAAGCACAGUAUGGAAUCUCUAGUCCUGCACAACCAGCAUUACCUGCCCCUGGCCCAGCACCCUCUGCUCCCCCAGUAGGAGGCGCUUCAAUAAUGUCAGAUUUGCCACCACCAAGCUACAAUGAGUGCGUGUUUGGUAAAACUAACAUCCGGGAAGAAGAUGACUCGGAGCACACCAGAGGAGAGAUGGACUACGCCCCAGCAUACACGUAUUAUGACUGGUCCAAACAAUCACAAUUUAAGUAAUUGUGUUCUUUGUACUACAAUGGACCUUCAGAUAUCCGGACGCCAGAUAUCCGGAUGCUUCAGUAUCCGGACGACUUUUCAUCGGAACAAAAUUUUUUAAUGUUACAUUGUCUUGUUUAAUUAGUAAUUCAGGUAUCCGGACGCUUCACAUAUCCGGACAAAUUGACAAGGAACCAAAGCAUCCGGAUAAAUGAGGCUCCACUGUACAUGCAUAAUAUUAAUACAAUUUACAUGUAUUAACUAUUAAUAUUGACAUCAUGACUUGUGUUCUCUCAAGCACUGUAUUGCUCAUUUCUUUAGCGGUUGUAAAAUUUGGCAUUUUGUUCACUCAAAGGUAUACCAAUGAUUUUUGGCAAAACUUUUUUUGGCAGACAGAGUUCCAGUACAUUGCAAAAGAGUGGAAUUUCAUCUUUUAGAUAAGUUUUAGUGUACUGUGUAAUAUAUGUUUGAAUACUGAUUUACACAGAAGUUUGAGUAAAUACAAUAUCAGAUUAAUUUUUAUUGCUUAUUCAACAGUCUCAUCAGAGUUAUUUAAGGAUUUUUUAUCAGUAUUGAUAAUGAAGAGGGCAAAUCUGGCAAUUAAAAUUUUAGUGGUUUACUACAAAACCUCUAAAGGUAAGCCAAAGGUAGCAGUCUCUGCUAAAAAUGCCCCUUAUACAGUAUAAUUUUUUUUCAUUAUUUAUUUAAGACUGGUUUUAAACCUUAGAGUGUUAGUUUUUUAGCCUUUGUUCUAAUGUAACCAAAUCAAUAUUAGUUGUUGUUGUUCAUGUAUGCUGUUUAAUUUAAUAUGUACUCUUUCUUACCUGAUUUCAUUAUUCAUCAGAAAAGGAGACAUUUAAUUCAUAAUUUUUAGAUGACAUAUUUUCAACAAUUAAUAAUAGGUAAUCACUAUAAUUUAUACCUCAUGCAGAGAAGACACAAAAGUUCGUCAUAUUUCUUUAGGUACUACCGGGUAAUAAUCAAGGGCUAUGUAAAUUUUACCUUUAAUUAUUUUCAUAUACCUUUCCAUAUUCAUUAAUAAAUUUGCAUGUUAACAUAUAUUUAUCAAUUUGACUCAGGUGCAAGAAUAUGUACAGCUGUAGAUCACCAAAUUUUUGCGACACCAUUUUUUGCAAGAAAGUCGCAAGGUACAUACAUGUAUUUAUAAGGGUUAUGUAGUGAGGAACAUUUUUUCCUCCACAAAUUCUGGUCAUUGUUGUAAGUAUAAAUCUUCAUAUUAAAUACAUGUAUAUGAGACAAUGAAUUUUUUCAGUGGUUUAAUUUACCAGUAAUGUACAUGAAAAUAAAUACCUUGCAAAAAUAAAGUGAUUUAAAGUGUGCAUUGCAUACUUUAAAUCACUUUUUAUUUUUGCAAGAUCUUUAAUUACCUGGUAGCAUCUGAAUGUAGUUAAUAACUAAAAUAGAUUUUUUGAUGAUUGGUAUCCAGCUAUUUUCUUGUCAGCUUAAUUAUAUCACCCCGAAUGAAGUCGGGGACGACAUAUUGCGAUUGUAUGCAUGUUUUUGUUCUCCAGGCCGUUUCUCGGAGAUGGCUGGGACAAUAUUCCUGAAACUUUCCUCAAAGGAUGAUCACUGGUUGUAGUUGUGUUGUGUGGUCAUUCAGUUUCAAAAUGGCUACCGUUGCCAUGGAAACCUGCAAACAGCGACGACUUUUGUCCGCGAGUGUUCUCUCUUGUCCCUUGAACAUUCAUCAUGAAACUUUUUAUUUUAGUGAUUAGUUAUUGUAGUUGUGCGAUUUGCAUUUAAAAUUUUCAAAUAAUCGAUUAUUGCCAUGGAAACCAGGGGAAAGUGAAAAUUCUUGAACUUUGAUUUUUAAAUCAAAGUACUGAAAGGACUGAUGGUUGUCCAAGCUUAGCUAAUGGGUAUUGUUUUAUUGAUACAAAAAAUGAAAGUCUUGUCCAGUUCGGGGCGACAUACGCUAUUGCUUGCAAUUAUAGCAGACUUUCUAGUUUUGUCUUGCAAUCCAUACAUGUAAGAACAUCAAAAAUAGCCAAUUAAGUAAUGAUAUAUACACUGUAUCAAACAUAUAUUUAUAGUGGUAAUGACAUUUGUAAAAUUAAAAUUUUCAGUUGGUAAAAAAAAAGAUAAUCUAUUUUUAAUUCAGAAUGGGGAAUUUCAUGACUCCCUUUUUAGAAAACUGAGAGCCUCUUCUACUCAGGAGAUGUUAUAUUGCCUUUACAUGUAUAUGUUGUCAAGACUUUCUUUUUUACAAAAUAAUAACGGGUAUAUUUUAUUAAGAUUCCAUUUAUUGUCAUGAUUAUCCUUCUGUGUUGUAUUUAUCAAAAAUUUAAUUAACAAGUAAUGAUCAAUAAAUCCAAAAUGUUUACUUUUA